UCACUACACUAGCUUCAAAAUAACAAAAAGAAAUUUUUAUACCCACUGGCCAUGGAGAUCACCACAGUUUCUUGUGUUCUUGGAGUAGCAGCAAUCUGCUUGUUUUAUAUAUGGAGGAUUUUGAAUUGGUUGUGGUUCAGACCAAAGAAAAUGGAGAAGUUUUUAAAAGAUCAAGGACUUCAGGGUACCCCUUAUAGAUUGUUGUAUGGAGAUCUGAAAGAGAUUAUGCAAAUGAUGAACGAAGCCAUAUCCAAACCCAUGAAUCUUACUCACGAUAUCGGGCAUCGCGCCUCGCCCUUCUACCACAAAUCCCUCACCACUAUUGGUAUGACUUGUUUUACAUGGAUGGGAACAAAACCAGUGGUACACGUAUCUGAACCAACUAUGAUACGAGAGGUGUUGGCUAAUUAUAAUAAAUAUCAAAAGCUAAGGGGAGGUAAUCCAUUAAUAAAGUUGCUAGUUAGAGGAUUAAUUGAUGCGGAGGGUGAUCAAUGGGUUAAACAUAGAAAAAUCAUCAAUCCUGCAUUCCACAUGGAAAAGCUCAAGCAUAUGGUACCAACCUAUUAUGCGAGUUGCAAAGAGAUGAUAGACAAAUGGGAGAAAAUUCUAACCAAUGAAACCUCAUGUGAAGUGGAUGUGUGGCCUUAUAUUCAAACUUUUUCAAGUGAUGUAAUUUCACAUACAUCAUUUGGUAGUAGUUUUGAGGAAGGGAGAAAGAUAUUUGAACUUCAAAGAGAACAAGCAAAACUAACUAUGAAAGUCGUUAAUUCAGUUUACAUUCCAGGUUCAAGAUUUCUGCCAACAAAAACCAAUAAGAGGAUGAAAGAGAUUAACCAGCAAGUGAAAGGUUUAAUAAAGAACAUAGUUAAUAAACGAGUUGUUGCGAUGAAAGCCGGGGAAGCUAGCCAUGAUGACCUUUUAGGCAUACUUUUAGAUUCCAACUACAAAGAAAUUAAGCAACAUGGGCAUAUCAAUUCUGGUUUAAGCAUUGACGAUGUCAUUGAAGAAUGCAAACUUUUCUACUUUAAUGGGCAAGAGACCACCGGAAAUAUGCUUGUUUGGACUAUGAUUUUAUUAGGUCAAUACUUAGAAUGGCAAAGACGUGCUAGAGAAGAAGUUUUACAUGUGUUUGGAGAAAAGAAACCAGAUAUUAAUGGCUUGAGUCACCUAAAAGUUAUGAACAUUAUUUUCAAUGAGGUUCUCAGACUAUAUCCACCAGCAAUAUUAAUUAGACGACUAGUACAUGAAGAAACCAAAUUAGGUAACUUAACCUUACCGGCAGGAACCCUUAUCCAAGUUAACAUAUUGAUUCUUCAUCACGACAAAGAUAUGUGGGGUGAAGAUGUGAAUGAGUUUAAGCCAGAAAGGUUUAUAGAAGGUGUUUCAAUGGUUACUAAGGGGCAAGCUACAUUUCUUCCAUUUGGUGGUGGCCCACGUAUAUGCAUAGGCGAGAAUUAUACUAUGCUGGAAGUGAAAACGGCUCUUGCAAUGAUUCUACAACGAUUUUCUUUUGAGCUAUCUCCAUCCUACUCGCAUGCUCCGCUCACAAUGAUUACUUUGCAACCUCAGUUUGGUGCUCACUUGAUUCUACACAAACUUUAAGCAAUAUAUCGUAUAUAUUAUAUUUUAAUAUAAGUGUGUUAUGACACAUUUAAAUGAUUUUACUAUUUAUUUCGUAUUGUGACUUAUUGUAAUGUAAUUAAACUUGUAUAUGUGAUAGAAAUUUCAAAUGAUCUA